UAAUAUGUCCGUGCUUUGUACAUGAUGCAUGAAAACAGCAACAUUUUAAGAAAUAUACUGAUUUUUCUUUCUGGAUUUUAGUUCUUACCUACUGUUGCAUGGAAGUCACAGUUGAGUCAAACUGGGCAUUAUGGCAUCCAAUGUUACAGUUGAUCAACCAAACACUGUAGAAUUCAUAAAUGAAAAAGAAUCAGAAAAAAGUGAUACUGGUCAUGCAGAGGUACAAGAAAGCGAAACAUGUAAGAGACAAGACAACAUGUCAAAGCGUCAAAUGAAGAAACUGUUAAAACAGAAACAAUGGGAAGACCAAAGAGAUCUGAGAAAGCAAAAACGAAAAGAAAAAAGAUUGAAGAGGAAACAGGAACGACAGGCCAAGCUGGAACAAAACCUGGAUGAGAAUAUUAAGAAGCGAAUCCGCAGAGAGAGUAAUCCCAGUUCACUUCGCCUUAUUAUAGACUGCAGCUUCGAUAAUUUGAUGGCCUUAAGAGAUGUGAAAAAGCUGAACAAACAAAUUCGGAGGUGCUAUGCAGAGAAUCGUCGGGCACUGCAUCCGGUUCAGUUUUAUUUAACCAGUCAUGGUGGACAGUUGAAAGGCAACAUGGACGAGUUUGACAAGGGAUGGAUUAAUUGGAAGGAUAUCCACAUAAAAUCUGAACAUUUCAAAGACCUUAUGAAGCCCCAAGACUUAGUUUACCUUACAUCUGAUUCCCCAGAAGUCCUUAAUGAGCUUGACGAGACCAAAGCAUAUGUUAUUGGUGGUUUGGUUGAUCACAAUCAUCACAAGGGGAUUACAUACAUGCAAGCCUUGGAUCUUGGAAUAAGUCAUGCACAGCUGCCGCUAUCAAACUUUGUUAAAAUGAAUAGUCGGAAAGUAUUGGCAGUGAAUCAUGUUUUUGAAAUUGUGCUUGCCUUUCUGGAGAAGAAAGAUUGGAAAGAAGCCUUUUUCUCUGUUCUACCUCAAAGGAAGGGAGCAGUGCCACUAAAUGGCAGUUGUGAUGGUCCUGCUGACACAUUACCUUGUGAAGAAGAUGGAGAGGAAUCCGAUAGCGACACAAGUUUGGAUGAAACGGAAGCACAGAGAGAAUCCAAACAAGAUGAUGAAAAUGAGAUUAGCUGACAUCUUUAAACUAUAGGAUUUUUUUUAAUGGGAAGAGCAAUUUUAGUGUAUAAUUCUAAGAGCUGUGUUCUAUAACCAGUGAUGAGUGUAUCAGUAGUGAACACAUUUCCAAUUCCCUGUAGAUAUUAAUGGAAGAACUGCUAUUCACUUGUAAGUCAAAUGUCUAUCUGCUCAAAGACUUUAAAGUUGAACAGUCAUUGGUUGAUUUCCUUGGAUUAUUUUUUUUUAUAUAUAUAUACCUAACCCAUUUUAUACGUUUUAUUUUUAUGGAUAUAUCUGGGAUCACUAUAGGGAAACAUUACAUAUCACAAGUGAUGAAAGAAACCAGAAGAUAUAAAUCAUGAAGCAAUAUUUUGCAUUCGUGUUUUUUAUUUUAUCCAUUCAGCAAAAAGAAACUUGUUUCAUGUAAAAAAAUAAAAUAUAAGUUAUAUCAAUGAAAACAA